AAACAGGCUCGGGCUGGCUGGCUGGUUGCGAUCGGGAGCUGGAGCCGGAACCGGAGCCGGAGCCGGAGCCGGAGCCGGGAUCGUGGCCGUGACCCCUGGUAGGAGCAGCAACCGCAGCCACAGCCACUGCCGCCGCCGCCCAAGAUGUGGAGCAGCUCCAGCCGGCGGCGAGAUCUGCGCCGGAAACUUAGCCUCCUGCUACUGGCUAUCAUCGUCUUCCUGCUGGUCCGCAGGUUUAACUGGAGUGAUCUGUUCCCCAUAUGGCGCUGGCACCGACAUUUGGGACUGCAAGCUGAAGGCCCAAACUUCUUGUUGGAAGGCUCCCACUUCCAGAUUUUUGGGGGGUCUAUUCACUACUUUCGAGUGCCCAGGGAAUACUGGAGAGAUCGAUUGCUGAAGUUGAAGGCCUGUGGCUUAAACACUCUCACUACGUAUAUUCCCUGGAAUCUCCAUGAACCAGAAAGAGGGAAGUUUAACUUCAGUGGGAACUUGGACGUAGAGGCCUUUGUCCAGAUGGCAGCAGAUAUUGGGCUAUGGGUGAUUCUGCGCCCUGGUCCCUACAUCUGCAGUGAAUGGGACCUUGGGGGCUUACCCAGCUGGUUGCUCCAGGACUCCAGCAUGGAGCUGAGAACAACCUAUGCCGGUUUCCUGAAAGCUGUGGAUCGGUAUUUUAAUCAUCUGAUUCCCAGGGUGGUUCCACUGCAGUAUAAACAAGGAGGGCCCAUCAUCGCCGUGCAGGUAGAGAAUGAAUACGGCUCUUACGACAAGGACUCCAACUACAUGCCUUACAUCAAGACGGCCCUGUUGAGUCGAGGGAUCAGUGAGCUGCUUAUGACAUCAGACAACAAGGAUGGCCUGAGUGGAGGCUACUUGGAAGGAGUGCUGGCUACCGUCAAUUUAAAGCAUGUGGAUUCCAUGAUUUUCAACUAUCUCCAUUCAUUCCAGGAAAAUAAGCCCACAAUGGUGACAGAAUAUUGGACGGGAUGGUUUGACACAUGGGGUGGCCCCCAUAACAUCGUAGAUGCCGAUGAUGUGGUGGUCACUGUUUCCUCCAUCAUCCAGAUGGGCGCCUCCCUCAACCUUUACAUGUUUCAUGGAGGAACCAACUUUGGUUUCAUGAACGGGGCUCAGCAUUUUGGUGAAUACAUGGCUGAUGUCACGAGCUAUGACUAUGACGCCAUAUUGACUGAAGCUGGGGAUUAUACACCUAAGUUCUUCAAGCUGCGGGAAUUCUUCAGCACCAUCAUAGGUAAUCCACUGCCCCAGCUGCCUGCCUCCACCCCGAAGGCCUCCUACCACGCCGUGAGGCCCUCACACUACCUGUCCCUGUGGGAUGUCUUGGAGCAUGUGGGCAAGAUCUCCUUCUUCCUUUCACAGCCACUUGAGUAUGAGAAGCCUGUCAACAUGGAGAACCUGGAAGUGAACCAAGGCAAUGGCCAGUCCUAUGGGUACAUACUCUAUGAGACUUCUAUCUAUGAAGGAGGCACUCUUUUCUCCAAGGACCACAUUCGGGACCGGGCCCAGGUGUUUGUGAACAGGAUAUACGUUGGCUCCAUGGACUAUGAAAUUGAAGGACUGCCUAUUCCAGAAUAUCAGGGUCACCGUAAGCUGAGUAUCCUGGUGGAGAAUCGUGGUCGAGUCAACUAUGGACAGAAGCUCAAUGAGCAGCGGAAAGGAUUAAUUGGUGAUAUCUAUCUGAAUGAAUCCCCCCUACGGAAUUUCAAAAUCUACAGCCUUGAGAUGAAAGAAAACUUCUUCCAGAGUCUUUCCUCCAUCAAGUGGAAUCAGGUCCCAGAGGAAGCCACAGGUCCAGCCUUCUUCCGGGGGACUCUUCACAUUGACUCCAUAGUGCUGGAUACUUUCCUGAAGCUGGAGGGCUGGUUCAAGGGAGUGGUGUUCAUCAAUGGUCAGAACCUUGGGCGCUUUUGGAACAUUGGUCCCCAGGAAACACUCUACCUCCCAGGCCCUUGGCUACGUCCUGGAAACAAUGAGAUCAUCGUGUUUGAGGAACAGAAGUCAGGGAUGAUCAUCCAGAGCACGGACACACCCUACCUAGGCAGGACCCACUACAUCGAGUGAGCAGCUGGCACCAUUUUACUCAGGGAAUUCCUGGAUGGGACUGGGAAGAAGGAAGUGGAGCCUCCCUUCUCUCCAGAGCCUCUGAAUGCCUUUUUGUUCAGCCCUCCACAAUGAGAGGAUCUUCUUCAGUACCAGCUCUGGGGAGGACCUGCUUUUACCCAUCACCUCUGGGCUGAAGGCUGAAAAGAAUGGAAAGGGAAACUGCCACUAUGGACACGAACCCUUUCUGAGCCAUUUUUGGGGUGUGGGUCUCUAUUUGCCCUGCCAGAUUGUAGAUAAAGGAGAGAAAAUCUUCCACCAGAGUGGUAUUGUUGAAUCUGAUCUUCCUAUGUGAGCUGCUGUGGGUCUCUAUUGUAGAUGGCGAGACCGGUAGGUAAGAAGAAAUUUAGCUUCCAAGCUUCCAAUCUCUGAUGGAUCAGUUGGGAUGUAAAUAUCACUCUCUGUUUUAGCCCUAGUAGUGAUUUAAUCUGGAUGCUGCUAAAGGCAGAGCCUGUGCUUCUAGCAAGGGGCGUUCUUUUGGGGUCUUUCUCAUCUGCUGAAGAAGACAGGUUGAUACCAGUCACUGACAGUUGGGGAUUGGGGAAAGAUGUGGAGCCUGAGGGACACUUUGACUUUCCUUCUCCCUCCCUUCCCCCCAAAAUUCUCUGUUUGCAGGAUGUAAGACAUUCUCCCUCCUUCCUCCUCCCCCCACCCCAAACCUCCAGAACAGAGAUGUGAUGUAACUUGAGUAGAGGCCAAAGGAUGGGGGGUAGUCAGGGCAGGAGGGCUCAGCCAAUUUAUGUAACCCCCCCAUUUAAAAAAUGGAUAUACCCAUUUUCAGUUUUAUUUAAACAGUAAAGGAAGCACUUAUGGAAAGGGAAGGGAGAUGCCCUGAGCUACCACUCUGUACCCCCAAGAAGAGGUCUUUGCGGUGAAUCACUUAAGCACUCAGGGAAUGUGGGACUACCCCAGAGGGGUCUCUGCCAGAUCCCUAUUACCUCCCCUCCCACAAAUCACCUUGUUGAUUCUCCUUUCUUGUCUUCUCUUCCCAAAUCCAAACAGCAGGAGAGGCCGAGGGGGAAGAGACCGGCUCUGGCCUUCUCCUUCCUUUGAGAAUUGUUUCCUUUUUCCACUGUUGAGGUGUUCUGGAAAUGAUGCCCAGUGGGUUGGUUCAGUUGUGUCUGAAUUGCAAUAAAAUCCUUGCUUCAAGUUUUGCUUGAACUCCACUAGUAAGAGCUCGUUUGUGCCAGGAGGCAAAAUAGGGUGAAGGUAGGCUACCAUCUGCCUCUUGGAUAACUCUGGGCCAUAGGAGAGGGAUUAGUCCACUCUUAAAUUAUCCUGGGCCCUCAAUUUUCUUAAUCUGGCUCCUUUGCAGUCCUUGCUUUUCUGGCUUUACAGUGCUCAAUGGCAGCUCUCUCCAGGACAGGGUGGGCUGGGGCACCAAGGAAGGGAGAGGAAAUUCUGUCAGCAAUCUUCCUCCCAGGCAAUGGAGGAGAAUGAAGUGUGCUUUCACCCUGCUGUAUAUCAGCCUAAGUGGCAAGGGCUCUGAUUUGAACAAAAUCCCUCCAAGCAGCAAGAGACUGGGGAGAACCUGGUUGGGAGGCCCGCAGGGAAACCAUGGGGGUGGUUUUGAUGAGGUUGUGCUUGAAAAAUAAGACCCACAGGCUGAAGGUUAGGGAUGUGCGGAACAGCUGGGGAGGUAGCUAAAUUUUCAGCAUAAGGAUUUAUACCUCAGGAAUGGAAACCCUCAAACUGAAACAUUCAUUUUGUUAUUAGACCAGUGACUUCAAACUCAAUUAGAAACAGGGGACCAUUAAUCCUGACAUAAGAUUCCCUGCAGGCCACAUAUUGACCUACUUUUUAAGAUGUAAUUUUUACCUAUGUUUUAUUUCAUCUUAUUUAUUUUGUUAAAUAUCUCCCAAUUACAUUUUAAUAUUUUGUCAGCCCAGGAAUGCUUGACACCUCUGGUCAAGACUUAAAGUUGUGAAUAAUGCAGCUAAAACUUG